GAAUGUAAACCCUAGAUGAUCACAUCUCUUACAGAUAGGAGGAGGAGGAGGUGGAGGAGGAUGAGGAGGAUGGAGAGCUAAUCUAAUCGGAUUACGGCGAGCACAUGCGCGUGAGAGCUACAGGCGGACGCGCAAUCGGAACACUGCGGAUUUUAAUGACUUUCAGCGGCUUGCAGUUGCAGCAGUUCGGGUUCAGGAACUGUUUUAUGUUGAUAGAUCAAUGUUUGUUGUUGUUUUACCUGGACGGAGAGACACCAUGUGACAAUUUAGAACACAAUCAAGUUUUGGGGGACGGCCCAUGAGGACAGUAUGAACGCAGAGACAAGACCGAAUUUAUUAGAUUUUAUUUUAAUUCUAACUCUAAUGAUGUUAAUCAGGACUUGGCGAACACGUCGGAGUCAAAUGAAUUGUACAUAUUGUAAAUUGACGGGUUAAAAAAAAAAGGUUAGGAUUGAACUGUGAUGAGGGACCAGGAGGAUGGUGGAUGCUCCUCUCCGGGCAAACUCAAACCCAAACUCCUCCUCACCACGCAGGUCCACCCCGCGGUCCCGCACGAGUCGCAGGACACUCGGAACGGCGACUACGACGAUGAUCUGGGCUCGUGUGAUUAUUUUGAUGAUGAUUGCGAGGAAUACGACGAGCUCUCGGACUCUUUCGACACGCGGAGCAUCGCCUCGGAUGACUCGUUUUACCCGCCGGAUGAGGAGCUCACAGAGUCGCAGUGCGCACCGUCACCCGGGACGCUGUCGCUUUUCCGAGCCUGCUGCACCAACAGCGUGGUCACGGUCAAAGCUCUGAUCCGGCAGGGGGUCACGGAGGAAGAAGUGCGAGAAACCGACAAGAACAACCGGACGGGGCUAAUGGUGGCGUGUUACCAUGGCUAUGUGGACGUGGUCAUCGCACUUUCUCUGUGUCCUCACCUGGACGUGAACUGGCAGGAUAAAGAGGGCAACACGGCCCUGAUCACUGCCUCACAGGCCGGUCACAUCACGACCACGAACUACCUGCUCAACUACUUCCCAGGCCUCGACCUCGAGAAGAGGAACUGUCACGGCUUCACUGCGCUGAUGAAAGCUGCCAUCCAGGGCAGAGUCGACUGCGUCCGAGCGCUCAUCAUGGCAGGAGCCGAUCUGGAAGCCAGAGAUAAUGGGCGUAAGCUGAGUCCUCGUGAAUGGGCUCUGUUUACCGGACGACACGAGACGGCCUUCGUCAUCCAGCGGCUCGUCCAUCGGCCUUGUCCGGAACAGUGCGCAGACUCGUACAGGCCCGAGUGGCCCUUACUGCCGGCCCUGGUGGCCAAAUCGCAACAGCACAAAAACUGCCUCCAGAAGAUGGUAGAGUCUCUGCGCAACCUUUUUGACAUAAGCAAUGUCACAGAUGCUUCAGAAGAUGGCGUUUUCGACCACAUGGUUCAAAUGACGACGGCAUUGAGCAGCCCGUUUAUUGCCAUGUCUUGUCGGACGGUGUGUCCCGAGAGUCCGCCGCGCGUUGGAAAACGCCGCUAUUCGGUCCAGGAGAUCCUGAAAAAGCAGCGCAUGCAGCAGCUCAAAGGACUCGGACCUGAACGCCUGGAGAACUACAAACGCCUCUUCCAGAACUCUCGCAUCACUCUGUUGUCUAAACCCAAAGACAGGCGUGCUAGCCUUCAGCCAGAGACGCCCAGGGACUCUUUAGUGCUCCGGAGAGGAAGUCUCCUCCCACUUCACUUGGUUAGACGGAGCAGCGUGAGACCGGGCUUGGUGGUGCCCAAGCUGAGGAUCAUCAAAGCUCCGACAGCAGACCACAAGCCUAAGAAAGAGCGACGAAAAAGCAGCUGCAACAAUGACCAGUUCCUUCAGGUGCCCAAGUGGAGGUACAAAGAACUUAAAGAAGAACGUAAGAAGGCAGAGGAAGCUGAGAGGAUGCGUCAGGAGGCCAUCAAUAGGCGAUACCUCACCGGUGGUAAACAGAAAUAACUCCAUCACCACAUCCGACGGUCGGCAUGGCGAUUUUAAUACUUGAAACUCUUCACGAUAAUUUAUUUUCAUAUUUAUUCUUAAAAAGAAAAAGAUUUUUUGUGAUACUACAAGCGUUUAUCCAGAGGGACAAAUAUUUAUAUAACACAAAAAAUCUGUUUAGAGUACGUCCAACAUGCUAGCUGUUCUACACUACCAGCAGAAACAUUUGUACAUCAAAAAAUCCACAUCACAGAGACUUUUCCUUUAUAUAAACACAUCGCUAGAAAUCCACAGAGCUCUACAAGUCUGAGGAACGAAACUUGUGAAACUAAACAUCAGCCAAGUCUGGGGAGAAAAAAAACAGAAUUAUAGGUGAACUAUUUGAUCGGUGGGUGUGGCCUAAUACUCUAAUGAGCACAUUCAAUACAUAGGUGUCAGUCUGAGACUCCAGGGCAUCUACGUUGCUCGAGUUAAACACCAGGAGCUUUAUAACGCACCUGCUGCCAGUUUAUAAGGAACACCAACCUUCAUAAGCCUCCAAGCUACAUGGAGCAGAUUUUCCACCUCAAUAGAUCGGAUACAAAAGGUGCCAAUACUUUAGAAUCUGGAGCAUGGAGAGAAAAAAAAACCAUACAAUAUGGUCCAGGUCAAGCUUAAGAAUUUAAACACUACCCGAAUUUAACAUGAAAACAAAACAUGAGUUGUUACUUAGAGGAACGUUGAAUACGCCACAAAUCAACAUCACUGCGUUAUUGCUCAGACGAGUGCUGAAUUCUGAUUGGACUGAAAUUAUGGAGUCAUUUCCAAUAACAGCAGCUCUGACAGGUUUAUAUGAAUGCACCUGGCUACAGUUUCCAUAGUAACGGCUUGUUCACAAGGUUACACAUCGAUGCGGUGUUGUUUUCUACAUGAUGAGUAUUUAACUCCUCGUUUAUGGAAGGAGUCUCCAGUAUCAGCAAUUUGUAUCCAUUUCUGACACGACGAGACGCGUUUUUCAUUUUCUUCGAGGGAGAGAACGAGUGUUUACAGCUGCUAGAACACCUGAGACGUCGAUUUAUCGACAUUAAAAACUACAAACGAAUAAAAAGCAUGACACCUUGUUGUUUGAUUUCCAGUCGUUUUUUUUUUAAUUAAAACACUUGAUUCAAAAUGAUCUGGUUUAAUUCAUUCCUAUUUGUUUUUAGAAAAACAUAAAAUGUGAAUUUUAAUUGUAUGAAAAUUAGGGGGCGGUCAAAAGUAGUGUUAAAAACGCGUUAACAAAAUAAAUUAAUUUUAACGGCACUCAUUUUU